AUGUCCCUCACUUUAAAGAUCGGGUCUCUCUUCAUUCGUACACUUGCCAAGCCGAUUGCCAACGGAAUAAAACGCAGCGCCCGCAACCAUGAAAGCUUCCGACGGACCUGCGUCGCAUUCGCACAAUCCCUCCAUCGUCUCGACGUCCGAUGGCGCGUAGGACUGCUACAAGAUCCUGCCGUCAUAGAACGACAAAUCCAAAGGGAGCUCAAGGAAGCCGAGGCAAAGCGACGCGCGGCGCAGAUUCCCACAGUCAAGACCGAGGCACAGACAAAGGCAGACGAGGAAGCGCUGGAGAAACAGAAAGAAGAAAUCACGGAGAAGCACAAACCCAAGACUCCGAGGGUCAGGCCUCUGGCUGAGAACAAGGCCAUUGAUAUGGGCGCCAACUUCAUUUCCGAGGCCUUCAUGUUUCUUGUUGCAGGCAGCGUCAUUAUAUGGGAGCAGUGGAGGUCAAGGAAGAAGGCUAGCGACCGCCGGGACGUGGUCGAUGACAGGCUGGACGAGCUUUCAGAGAAGAAUUCGCAGCUCAUGGAGGAGAUCAAGCUGCUCAAAGCUCGCGUUGCUCCUGAAGAGGUCGCCCGUGAAAAAGCCCAGAAGGAUGCAGAGCACCGCGCCUUGAAUGCAUCAGCGGCGCGGGCUGCUCCGUCAGAACCAUUGACGAAAGAAGUUACACCGCCAGACGAGGAACGCCCUAAAGUCUCGGAAGCUGCAAUUUCUCAAGUUCGAAAAGCCUAG